GAUAGAGUCCUGCCAGGCAGGGAGGGAGUUUUCCCUGCCUUAUGCUGGAGAGAGAAGCCACUGAAGCAACCCGCAGGCACCAUGCAACUGCUUCAAGUGACCAUUCUUUGUCUUCUUUUGUCCAGUCUUUGCAGCAGUGAUGAUGGCGCAGAUGUUCCAUCACCAGUGAAUUCUACAACAAAAGCAAAAGCCUCUGUAACACCAGACACAAAGGCAGCACCAACUCCUACUAUCAAUGCAACACUUGGAACAACUCCUAAAGGAACAACCAACAAUGAACUAUCAAAAACGCCUGUGACACCAACACCUACUUCAUUAACAACAGGUAAAAGUGAAGAAAACACAACCCAUGAUGUCACAACCAAUGAGCUCAUCACUACAAAAGCAACAGUGACAACUCUUUCAUGUUCAGAUGCGGUUACAACAUUACAAAGGUCCCAAAACAAGACUGAGAAUCAGAGUUUAAUCCAAACAACUGCAAUGUCAGUUCACACUCAACAACCAGAUGCAUCACCUCCUAAAACCACUAAGUUACUCUCAACAGCAGAAACAACUCCAGACAUCUUGCAGUUUCAAGGUACCAAGGAUGGAAAAAAUGCAACCUCUUCAUCAAACAUUCCCUCUUCUUCCAGUGUUAUUUUGCCGGUGGUUAUUGCUUUGAUUGUUAUUACACUUUCAGUAUUUGUUCUGGUGGGUUUGUAUCGAAUGUGCCGGAAGAAAGACCCAGGCACACCAGAAAAUGGACAUGAUCAACCUCAGUCUGAUAAAGAGAGUGUGAAGCUACUCACUGUUAAAACAAUUUCUCACGACUCUGGUGAGCACUCUGCACAAGGAAAAACCAAGAACUGACAGCUUGAUGAAUGCUCCCUACACCUGAGCAAUAAAUAUGUAAGUUUCCUAAUUCUGUUCACUGAGAUACUCAUUAAUAUCUGUUUUUCUUAGCCUGCUGCACCUUGGAUUAUUUUUUUAAACUUUUAAAACCUGAAAAGUUAAUGGUUUGUGUCAGUAAAAUCACCAUUGUCUAUUUGUCUAAAAACAAAUCCUAAGAAAAGUUGGCAGAAAAAUGGAUGUCUUGGUGGUUGUAGAUUCUUCCAAUUGCCCUACCUGUCUAAGGAACAACACAAUUCACUCUUCUGGCCUGAUAAUAAUGUCUCCUUAUCAAUGCAGUCUGUCUUUACCUGGGUCAGUAAACACACACUUGCUGUGGCAGUUAGACAAGUUUCCAUAGCUUAAUGAUGGCUGUGCUUGCAAAUUUGCAGUUCAUUGCAGGAAAAGGAUAUAGUACAGGAGCUACAUUAAAGUAAGGAUGGACAUCACAACCACAGGUUGGCUCCAGGCCAGGAGUCCAGAGAAACUUAGUAGAAGAUCCAAUUGCUUUCCCUCUUUUGAUGGUUAUAUUAUGAUUCUCCUCUCUCUCUCUCUCUCU